AUGGCGACUAAAGCAUCUACAAUUUCCAACUCCAGUUCCACUGUGGCUACCACUCCUCUCACUACAGUUACAAACCCCUUUUACAUCAACCCUAAUGAAGCCUUGAGCUUCCCAAUCAAGCUCACAGGGACUGCAAAUUACAACUUAUGGAGCAGAACUGUUCGGGUUGCUCUAAAGAGCAAGAACAAGUUGGGUUUCAUUAUUGGGUCCAUACCUGUUCCAGAUCCAACGGAUGCAAGUUAUCAAGCCUGGGAACAAAGCAAUACUAUUGUCUACUUCCUGAUUCUAGGGUCCCUUGACCCAAGCCUGGUGAACAGUGUCUCUUCUCAAGACAACUCUAAGAUCCUCUAG